AUGAGGGGGGUAAUUAUACUUAAUCCAGACGAUGGCGACAGUCAUUCUCAUUCCAAUGGGAUUUUGAACAAUGGCGAGGCUGUUAAUUCUGAGGUGGCUGAGGACGCGGAAUACCUCACUUCGAACGGGAGGCAGGCUGAACCUGAAGAGCUUCGAAGAAAAACAGAUAUACUGGCAAAGACUCAGAAUUUCAGUCGUUCGAACUACGGGAACUUGGAAGACAAAGACGCAAUUGUGGCCUCAUCAUCUGCCAGCUCCAGCGCUACAGGGAGCAGUCGUGGCCCAAAACACUCAAAGAGCUAUCUCCUAACUCUCGCAAAUGCCAAAAAUGCCACUGGUCUACCAGCUUCUCCGGCGGCAAACGUGGACCUCCCAAUUAGUACUUUCGUUAUCUCCUCCAAAGCUCAAGUGGUCGGCCAAGUUUUAUCCUGGGCGUCUACAGCGCUGUACCUUGGUUCUCGCCUCCCUCAAAUCCUCAAGAACAGCAACCGUCGCUCUACAGCCGGUGUCAGCCUGUACAUGUUUGUGGCCACAUUUUGUGGCAACUUUUUCUACAGCGCAGCUAUUAUCGCAAACCCAUUAGCCUGGGACUCAUACGGACCGUAUGGAUGUCAUGGCUGGGCAGGACCUGAGGGAAGUGAUCAAAGCACUUGGGUGAAGCUGACUCUUCCCUUCUGGCUUGGGGCAGCUGGUGUCCUAGUCCUUGAUGCCUAUGUGAUCUUCCAGUUCAUAGCGUAUCGGGAGAAGACCGAGAAGGUCGAAAUGCUCGUUGAGGAUUCAAGAGGAAGAACUACAUGGAAAGCUGUCUCUGGCUGGAUGAGAGGAUGGGUGCCGUCGCCAGGCCGACGGCCAACGAAUGAUGGGGAUGAAGACGAGUGGCACAACAUGAGAGAACCAAACGAUCAAGUUGAUAUGUCGCAUUUCGCGGCGCCUAAUCAACAGACACCAACAUCUGAGGUUUUGGAGCUGCCAGUCAGUAGACCUUCAAACCGAAUGUCUCAGAUCCCUACACGCCAGCGCCCAGCUGCAAAUUUUCUCGCGACAGAACAGCGCCCGACAGUCUUAGAAGUCUUGUUGGGGCGAUAUGUCCUCGGCGUUGCAGCCUUUCUGCAAACAUCUCUUUUUCUACUUGCCGUCAGCGCAUCACCUCUCAAUACUCUUCCAAGCCUUCGAUCUCUCGGUGGAAGGUCUCUGAGCAUCCUCAACAAUAUCAAUGACACCGAGCUUACAGCCAAUGUCGCUUGCGGCACUGUACCCCCUGGUUCUACUCCUAUUGAUUCAAGUAUUGGCGUGAGGUUAGUCGGCUACUGGGCCCCGGAACAAUCGACGCUCUGUUUAGAUAUCUACGAUCUGCAUCACGGCAUGUACAAAUUGGGGAGCUUUCUGUCUACCUCAUUCAAUGACCCAACUUAUCAUUACAAGAAGUACCUCGACCCUCUACAUUCGCCACACUAUGACUGCUGGCUCACGUUCUUCUUUUCGAACACCCAGGACAUAAAUACAGGCUUUGAGAUUGAUAUAUACGGCACCAUCAAUGAUGUGUCGAGCCAGCGAUAUCAUGUACAUAUUGACAGGAAAGGGCGGCCAUUCAUAGGCACUGAUCAAAUUGGAGCCAACAGCACCGAUCUAACGCCGCCUCAAAAUAAUACCAACCAGGGUGUUGGGCUAAUUAUCCUCCACAGUACAAUCAGCACUUUCACCUACGGCCAGGAGUUCGUUAAUAAUGUACAUCUGCCGGGCUACGUGUUUCAGCUGAGGAUGUGGUUCGCACAGGCUGCGGAUGUGGGGAGUGUUUUUCGGGUUAGGGUCUCUUGGAGUGUUCAAGGCGUCCCACGCUCCCUUGAGUGGGUAAUUAAGAAGGAUUCAGGGUUUGUUGCUAGCCUAGGUGGUACGAACUUGACGGCGUUGGGAGUGGAGACUCUGAAAUGA